UUAACCUUAUAUUAUUACAUUUUGGGACCCAAAAAAAAAACUUUUCCUUCCACUUUCUCUCUAAUAUAUAAAUUCACACAUUCAUAAAUUCAUCAUUCAUACAAUCCAAAACUAAACCACAUUAUUCCCAAAAAAUGCAUCUAAGAGGAAUUUCUUUAACAACUUAUAAGGUACAAAAAAUGGGUGUAGUAUUAUUUUGUCUAGUUUUUUUAGUUGGAAUAAUCAUGGAUUCGAAAGGCGUCGAAGGAAGAAAAACAAGGGCAGUUUUGAAAAAUUUUGAGUAUGUUGCAAUGAACUGCAGAAGUCAUAGUGCUUCUAUUACUGAUUUUGGUGGUGUAGGUGAUGGAAACACUUCUAAUACUAAAGCUUUUAAGACAGCCGUUGAUCAUCUUAGCCAGUUUGAAUCCGACGGUGGAGGUUUGCUGUUUGUUCCUGCUGGAAAAUGGUUGACUGGAAGCUUCAAUCUUGCUAGUCAUUUUACUCUGUUUCUUCACAAGGAUGCUGUUCUUUUAGCUUCUCAGGACAUGAACGAGUGGCCAUUGAUCGCGCCCUUGCCAUCAUAUGGCCAUGGAAGGGAUGGUGGUGGAAGAUAUGCCAGUCUAAUUACCGGUAGCAACCUCACAGAUGUGAUAAUCACAGGGGAAAAUGGCACAAUUGAUGGUCAAGGUGAAAUGUGGUGGCAGAAAUUCCAUCAUAAGCAGCUUAAGAACACAAGGCCUUACUUGAUAGAGCUUCUGUACUCUGACGGUAUUCAAAUAUCGAACAUCACUCUCAUUAAUUCACCUUCAUGGAACAUUCAUCCCGUUUAUAGCAGCAAUAUAAUAAUUCAAGGCAUAACAAUCAGUGCUCCAGUUAACUCUCCUAACACUGAUGGGAUUAACCCAGACUCCUGCACAAACACUAGAAUUGAAGACUGCUACAUUGUCUCUGGGGAUGAUUGUGUUGCUGUCAAAAGUGGGUGGGAUGAGUAUGGAAUUUCCUACGGAAUGCCCACGAAGCAGCUCAUUAUCCGUCGUUUGACAUGCAUUUCUCCUACAAGUGCUGUGAUUGCUUUAGGUAGCGAAAUGUCAGGAGGAAUCCAGGAUGUCAGGGCAGAGGACAUAGUGGCCAUAAACUCGGAGUCAGGAGUGAGAAUCAAGACAGGAGCAGGACGAGGAGGUUUUGUGAAGGAUAUAUAUGUGAAAGGUUUUACAAUGCAUACAAUGAAAUGGGUGUUUUGGAUGACAGGGAAUUACGGGUCACACCCUGAUGACAAGUAUGAUCCGAAUGCUCUUCCUACUAUAAAGAACAUCAACUACAGAGAUAUGGUAGCUGAUGAUGUGAAAAUGGCAGCUAGAUUAGAAGGGAUUUCGGGUGAUCCUUUUACUGAGAUUUGUAUAUCGAAUGUGACCAUAACGAUGGCUGCUAAACCAAAGAAAGUUCAUUGGGCUUGUACUGAUGUUGGUGGGAUCUCAAGCGAUGUCACACCUAAACCUUGUGAUGCGUUGGCUGAUCAAGGAGCUGAUCAUAAAACAGAAUGUGAGUAUCCUAAAGAUCCUUUGCCAAUCGACGAUGUCAAACUCCAAACAUGUUCUUACAACAGAAAGAGGUAUCUUUGAUGGAUGAGAAGCCAGUCUAGAAGGAAAGAAGAUAUGAAUGAAAGAUUACAUUACUCUAUUCUUCUGUCUGAAAUGUAAUGUUGUUUUUUACCAUAGAGAAUGAAGGAUUUUACAAUGUGAUAUCAUAUACAGUUUCGAUUAGAUCUUUGGAGUAUGUUUCAAUCGCCCUACCAAAGGAAAAGGGAGCUAGCUUAAGAGAAGCAUAUCAGUGUAUUUAUGGAAAUGAGAUUGAGAUUUUAGAAGCUGGUUAGAAACUCUAAAACCUACUAUGAAUGUGUCAAAAGAAAAAAUAAAAUAAGCUUAAGAAACCUUAUCUAU